AAUCUCUCGAUUUCGUGUGUUCCCUCUUUUUUUUGUGUCUUUCUACUUAUAUAAACAACACCCAAUCUCCAUUUCUCCACAUCAUAUCUUUUUCAAUUUUCUUCCAAAAUCAUCCGACUUUGAUUAGAAGAACAUUUAUCUCCUCUCUCAAUCUAAUGGCUGAGGUUUUGCUGCCGAGGAAGAUUGAGAUCGCCAACGAUCCUUCCAAGUUUGGAUCGCCGCAUCUUCUUCAUGUCCUCGCCGUCGACGAUAGUCACGUCGAUCGGAAGUUCAUCGAGCGCUUGCUCAGAGUCUCUUCCUGCAAAGUUACUGUUGUUGAUAGUGCGACAAGAGCUCUGCAAUAUCUCGGAUUGGAUGUAGAUGAAAAAACCGUUGGUCUUGAGGAUUUGAAGGUUAACCUAAUUAUGACGGAUUACUCGAUGCCCGGUAUGACUGGAUAUGAACUCUUGAAGAAGAUCAAAGAAUCCUCAGCUUUCAAAGACAUACCGGUGGUGGUAAUGUCCUCCGAGAACAUUUUGCCUCGUAUUGAUAGAUGUCUUGAAGAAGGUGCUGAAGAUUUCUUAUUAAAGCCGGUAAAGCUCUCGGAUGUAAGAAGAUUAAGAGAUUCUCUAAUCAAAGUUGAAAAUUUAUCUUCCACAAAGAGUAUUAAGAAGAGAGAGCUAGAAACAGAGAAUGUCUACUCUUUGGAUUCAUCUGUUCACUCGCAGCUCAAACGCCCAAAGAUCUGAGCUUCCCGAUGGAAAUUCCUUCAAUAGCAGAAAGCUUAUAGACUCAAAGCACUUGAGCCUCACUGAUGAUUCUCUCCAGCUUAAUUACCUAAAAGUACAAUUUUUUCAGCCCUCGUGGCAUUUUUUUUUUGCUGAGUGAAAUCAGUGGGGACAAAGUAAGAGGGGUUUUAUUACAUGGUAGUAAUGUAAAUGGUAGAGUAAAAACAAAGCUAAUAUAUAAUUCUUUAGGAGAUCAUAGUUUUUUUCCUUACAAGAG